GAGAAGGAAAACUGUUUGGCAGAGUCCUGCUCGCCCCUUAGGUGGGUGGUGCCACCAAAUUUUCACCUGAGCUCAGACAUUAUACACUUCCUAAGGGAAAAAAAACUUCUGAGGUGAGGUAACUGUCAGCCAUGCUAAACCACAGCGAUUCUGACUUACCGGCAGGAACGGUAGAAGCUGGAGUUACUCACUGACAACAGUUUAAGGAUCUUCGGACACUCGGGUGCAUUUGGUUAUUGCUUGGGAGUUUAAUUAUUGCAUUAUUCCGGACCAUGUCGAAAACGAAGGAGUCUGUGAAGCACAGGGCUGCUGUUCUUCCCCCAAUGGACUUAAAAAACUCUCUAGAUGAUUGCAUGGAGGCUAUGGAUCUAUUUCUUAAUAACAGAUUCAGCGAAAGUCUGGAAAAGCUCCAGCCUAGCAGGGCCAAGGACAGCAUGUACCACUCCUUGAUCUAUGCAACUAUUCUGGAAAUGCAGGCCAUGAUGACUUUUGAGCAUGAUGACAUUGUAGCUGCAGGAGAAACAAUGAAGACUGCACAGGAGAUCUGUCAAAGAUACCGCAAAAAGUUAACAGUGGUGGAUUCCAUAACUAACAUCGUGACAAAAGCAGGAGAGAGCUUCACAGAAGAUGAGAUUCACGCAGAAGUCUGCUACGCUGAGUGUUUACUACAGAGGGCUGCCCUCACCUUUUUACAGGAUGAGAACAUGGUGAAUUUCAUAAAGGGAGGGAUUAAGGUGCGGAACAGUUACAUGAUUUACAAAGAUUUGAAUAAUUUUAUGCAAUCUAGCCUUUUUAAUAAAGGCCAGAAUGAUGCCCAUCUAGAAGGUGGAAUCUCCCUUGGGAUUGGCGCUUUUAAUCUGACCUUGUCUCUGUUUCCAGCACGGAUCCUAAAGCUUUUGGAAUUUGCUGGGUUUUCUGGCGAUAAGGAGUACGGACUGUCUCAACUGCAUGAAGGAGCAACGUCUCAUAACCUGCGGUCCAUCCUAUGUACCAUGUUGCUACUCUGCUACUACACCUUCCUCAAUUUUAUACUUGGGACAGGUGGUGAUGAGGAUCUUGCAGGGGCAGAGCUGCUGCUGGACCCAUAUCUUAGGCAGUAUCCAAAGGGUGCCAUUUUUCUGUUCUUUGCUGGAAGAAUAGCAGAAAUAAAAGGCAAUUUGAAUGAGGCUAUCCGUAGGUUUGAGGAAGGCUGUGCAGCACAGCAGGCCUGGAAACAGUUUCACCACAUGUGUUAUUGGGAGCUUAUGUGGUGCAACACAUAUAAGAGGAUGUGGAAAUUGGCUUACUUUUAUGCAGACCUCCUCAGCAAGGAGAACCGAUGGUCCAAGGCUAUGUAUGUGUACAUGAAAGCAGCCUAUCUGAGCAUGUUACCCUUAAAUGAAGCUCGACCGUUUGGAGAAGACGAGGUGGAACUUUUCAGGUCAGUAUCCACCUUCAAGCAGAAGAUUGCAGGGAAGUCGCCGCCCACAGAGAAAUUUGCCAUCCGAAAGGCUAGAAGGUACAAGGCAGACAACCCAGUGAGGUUACCUGUUCCAGCACUGGAGAUGAUGUACAUGUGGAAUGGGUUUUCGGUGAUUGCGAAGCAGAAAGACUUAACUGAUGGGAUGAUGGAGACACUAAAAGAAGCAGAAAAUGGUUUGCAAAAUUUACCAGCCUAUGACAGUGCAGCUGAUGACAAGUGCUUGAUUUUCUUGCUGAAAGGUGUCUGUUACAAGCACCUUGGCCGCAGAGAGGAAGCAGAGCAGUGUUUUCUUUACAUUCAUGAGAAUGAAAAGAAGAUUAAAUAUGAUCAUUACUUGAUCCCAAAUGCACUUCUGGAGUUGAGUCUGUUGUAUGAGAGCAAAGGAAGAAGAGAAGAGGCUAUAAAAACACUACGACGUGCAAAAAACAACUAUAAAGAUUACUCAAUGGAAUCGAGAACACUGUUCAGAAUCCAUGCAGCCCUCGCAAAAUUAAAGGCAGAACAAGAAGAGAAUAGUGUAAAUGGAGCCUCAUCUUAGUACAGUGCAACAAACAAAGGAAAUAGUUGGACUUUGACUGAAAAGCACUUUCCAGAUUAAUAAACUUGAAGUGUCCUGCAGGAACUGCCCUUCCCUUCAUCACUGUAUCAAAAGGACUCACGGACAUACAUAAGGAAAUAUUUACCAGUUCAGGGAACGCCGCUCAUAACAGAGACCUAUAACUAAGAAUAAUAAAUUAUUCUAAACUGUUGCAAUGAUUUAUGCAGAUAAGUAUCUUUAUACAGAAUCUCCUUACUCAUGUAGAGGGCACUGUUCCUCAGGACAACUGAAAAUUGCUUUGUGUGUAGAAGACAAGAAAAUGAACUUUGAUUUAUGGGCAUUGACAACCCUAGUAGAAGGAAAUAUUAGGAGUGCAAUUUGAAUGUGUGUGUUAGCCACAGUCUGCAACAAACUGUGGUGUUUGCUGCUUCUAAGUCCAUGCAUUUUAUAGGAGGACCACGAAAUAAGUCAAACAGAGCAGUAAUAUUACUGCUUAAUACGAAGUUUGUAACCUGACCUGCACAACAAAUAGCAGCUAUUAACUAAGAUAUGUUACUACUACUGCUGAAUCCACUGUUGCAGCUGUACGUAUGCUCCUCUUCUUGUGUAGGGUAAAGUGAGCGAGUGUGAUACAUCAAGAUUGUGACCCAAAAUGAUUUUAGUAAUUAUAAUGGCAGACUGAGCUUUUACAGCAAUUAUAUAUUUUAUGUCUUGUCCAAGCCUUUCUUUGGAGGGAGGGGAGGGAAGGGGGUUGGUACAAAAAAAUCACUCUUAAGAAAAUAGUGUCUUGUGCACUGAGCCUGACAUACCAUCACUUACACAGUAAAACAUCACUCCCUACUUAGGUGUUUGACUUUUUUCAUAAAAUUCUAAACUAUCGGGUGAAGUACUUUACUUUUUUGGGGGUUUGAAGUUGGGAAUGUUGUGGCUACAAGGGGAAAAGAUCAGAACCCCUUCAUUAUACUUCUGCCAAGGCCUAACUGUGCAGCAAAUGCCGAAUAUUACAGCUGCACACACCCAUCAUUUUUUUUUAAUUUCUUUUGAUUUGCUAGAAUUUUGACAAACCUGUAUGGCAGACAUUUUUUUGGCUUUGAUAACUGUAUGGUAUCUUGACUGCAAGCUAUAACAUUCUUAUAUGCGCCAUUCUAUCAUCUGCCAUGAACUCUUAAAAGUUUAGGUUUAACCUCAUUGCAAAGACAAAGUGGAAGUUAAGAAACUUCUGUCACUCAUGGUUUGGUGUAAAAGUACAGUUCAGGGUGUAUGUUCCUUCCUGCUUCACUUUCCCAGUGCAAAACCAUUUCCACACAUCUGCUGUCUGCAGUUUGAUUGAUAUGUGAGUAAAACUAUUAAACUGGAACAACCAGUGUAAUUUAUAAUUCUGGAAGUUCAAGCAAGAUGCCAUGGGGGGGUGCUGAUACAACUAGAGAUAGUAACUUGUUACAUUAGGUCCAUUAAGCCUCCAUUUCCUCUUCUUUUACAAAGAAAACUGGGCAGGUAAUAAUCUGCGUAGACGAAGGUUUGUGUUGAUACAAGUACUUUUCACCAAAUAUUCUGCAACUGUUUUUAUCAGGCAUAUGUUGAAGAAUUCUACUGUCUUCCAUGAAUCCACAUAUAGCAAUUUUCUCUUUGUUGGCAGUGGGGGGGGGGUUACAACUCUGUUGGCAGUAUUGCAUAUAUAUUUGCUUGUACUAACUUAAAUGUGCAUUUUCAAUUGUACCACAAAUGUGAUCAUUUCUGUUUAGAUAUGCCUUUGUUCAAAGGAAGAAUGUAUUCCAAGAUUUAAUGUGCCACAGUAAAAAAAAUAUAUGGCAUCAUUAAAUGCAGUCUUCCAUUUAUAUUUUGUAACAUAUUUGUUAAUGACAAAAUAAAAGCUUGUGCCCUUCUUCUUGGAACCAUGUUCUACUGUUGAUAAAUGAGUGUUAAAAGAAAUCUCAAGUUGUCUAGUGCUGACCAAACAGCUACCUUUAGUACUUCAGUUUACUUCAAUAAGUAUUUACAACCCUGUACAUAAAUGGCUAUAUUUGCAUUUACCAAUUUUCAUUAUCUAGUUAAUUAACAGGGCUGUGUAUGAUUUGGGGGGGUACAGAAACAGUUGUUUCCCAUAUCUGGGAACAAAUCACACUCAAAAUGUAUUCCAUGCAUGCAUACUCUUCCCCCCACAGUAUAAAAUCCAGUUUACACUUGCAAUGUUCUGUAGCAGCAGUAGUGUUGCUCUCCACUUCUUAAUACUUCUGAAAGACUUGGCCAACUAUUGUCAGCAUACGUUCGUUAGUUGCUCCUUGCCUGCAAUUUGUAAUUCCUCAUGUGCUUAAUACACUUCCCAAUCCAGAAUCUCUGCAUUAUAUGACAGCAGUCAAUCCCUGUCUACCACUGCACAUAACCGGGCAACCAACUUGCAAUUCUUUUGGUCCUAGUGAAUGAGCAAGCCAUGUGAUGGGCCUCUUUCUGCCGCUUUGGGGGCAGAGAAUUCUAUCUCCUGUCAGUUAAUGCUUUAUCAGUUGAUGGGAAACUGGGAAAGAAAUGCCGGGGUGCAAUACUAAUGAAUUGUUAAUUGGAGCCAGCAGUCCCAACAGCCAUUUUUCUCAUUUUUUUGUUGAAGAGAAAGUGUCUGAUGUGCCUGUCCUACCCAGCAUGCACUGCAAUGUUGCAGCCCAUGAGCCUUUGCUAAGAACUUAACUAUAGCAUCCUCAGGGCAGAACAGUCAGUCACCUAAAGGACCUUCAGUCUUACCCUAGUCUACCAGUCUUCUAUAAGGCUGGCUCCUUUCUUGAGUCUUAGUUGCUAGUGUUGUAGUUAGAAAUUAACCUGUGGGACAUCAGGUCAUCUUGUGCAUGUGUAUAUGGCUAUCAUACUUUAAAGUUUUAUCCAUCACUUCAUGUAUUCCUCCUGAAGUCAGCCAACAUGUCUAUAGAUUUCAGGUAUAUAUACUAUUACUUCUGUAAUUUGAGGGCUAGCCAAGCAAUCGUGUAAGUGAUCUUUUGUUAAUACUGACUGUCCUUCCUGAAAGUAAAAAAUAUAUAAUAACAAAAUGAGAUGUUUUCCCUACCUGAACUUCUUUUACUAUACAUUGUCCUAUAGUAAUUUUUUUUUCAUUUCCGUUAAAAAUACAUGAAGUAAUUUGCAAGCUGUGUAAUGGCAAGCCUGAGGAACCAGGACUUGUCUAAUAAACUGUGCCAUAUUUAUUUCUCAAGGGAAAACCAAAUGUGUAAAUCAGGUACAAAUCUUUAUUGAGUCCGUGUGCUGGCUCUUUCAUUUUACUGCUUUAGUGUAAAUAACAAGCCUUUUAUUUCACUGAAUCAUAUAAAUUAUUGAAUUUAAUAUAAUGAAUGUUAAUUAUGUGUUGCUGAAUAUUAUCCUAAGAGUGGUUUUAAAAUGUAGGUAAGAAUACAGCACUCCAGUUCACUGAAAAUAAACUGUACUGCUGAACUAAAAAAAUAAAUAAAUAAAUUUACUUUAUAAUU